AUGAAAGGAAGAGUAAUACAUUCUUUAAAAGAGCUUGAAGAUUUUUUUAAUAAAUCAAAUCCAUCAAGUUAUAAGAAUGCUAGGCCAAAGUUUGAUUAUGAUUGUUUAAUAGAAAAAUUUACCAAAUGUUUAAAUCAAUAUUCUACAUAUUUAAAUAUGCAAAAUAUUGAAAUAAGUAGAAAUCAUCAAUUAGAAAUUCCUUUUAAACAAAAGGUUAAUUUAGUUUUAGGUAUACUGACAAAAAAUCAUCAAGCACGUGCUUUAUAUCAAAAAUUAACUGGUGAUUCUAGUUCAGCUACUAAUAUGACUGAAAAGCAAGUAAUGUUACAUGUAAAACAACUACUUAUUAAUAGAGAUGAUAAAAUAAUAGCUGAUUUAUGUAACUAUAAUAAAGAUAGACCUGAAAAAUAUACUGAAUUUUAG